CCCGGUGCCCGGGCCCCCGGGACGGGAGGGAGCUCGGCAGUGGCUCCCCGCGCCCACCCUCCGCCCGCAGGGCCAUGGGGGACCUGGGCCUGGGCCAGGAGUUCCACACAUGGCAUCAGUUCAGCAGCUUCUUCGAUGACUGGUGCGAGAAGCACAAGGUGCUAUUCAUCAUCGCCAGCCUCAAGCCGCUGAUCUCGUUGCGCCAGAACCCGCUGCACUACCAGCCCAGCCUGGCCGCCACCCUGCGCUUCCGCUUCGUCCGCCUCAUCUGCAAGCACAGCGGCACCUACGUGGGCCAGAGCACCGUGCAACGCAACCGGCUCGAGAAGAUCGACUGCCCGGCCUCCAUCACGCUGCGACUGGGCCCCAAGAAGGACCGGCUGGUGGUGAUUGAGGCCAGCCUGGAGCACAACCACAAGUUGUCAGAGGUGGAGUUUGCUCACUACUUCAAGCGUCACCAGCUGGAGGCCAGCAUGGGGCUGCCCAUCCGCAUCACCAACAGCGUGUCCAAGCGGUUCCUGGCGCCCGACCUGAUCUGGAACCUGGAGGACUACAGCAAGGCCAAGGACAAGGGCAUGUGUGAGCUGCUGAGCCAGCUGGACGGCCUAUUCAAGAGCGACCCGGGCGCCAAGGUCAAGCUGGUCUUCCAAGAGGACGUGGCCGUACUCAACAGCAUCUUCCUGGCCACGUCGCACAUGCGGAGCCUGGUGCAGCGCUUCCCCCGCUGCCUCUACAUGGACAAGGCGGCCUGCGUCAACAGCGAGUUCGAGCUCUACUCGGUGCUCUGCCAGGACGGCAACGGGCGGGGCCGCGAGUGCGCCUACUGCGUAGCCCGCCGGGGCGUGCCCGAUCUGGUCAUCUUCAUUGUGGCCUCCCUGGUGCAGAGCGCGCCCGACAUCAAGCUGAAGGUGAAGUGCCUGACCGUGGGGGCGGGCAUCACGGACGUGGACGCGGUGGAGGAGGUGCUGCCUUGUGCCCGGGUGCAGAUCUGCCGGCUGCAGGUGCUGGAGGCGCUGUACCGCAAGGCGCGUGAGCUGGCCGUGCCCAAGGAGGACAAGGUGCGCAACCUGCUGCACAACAUGGCCAACGCCAGCUCGCCCCGCGUCUACAGCCAGUACCUCAGCGACCUGGAGGACGUGGCACCGCUGCCCUUCCUGCAGUACUACCUGGAGCACUGGCACCACAACAAGGGCAUGUGGGCGGAGUGCUGGGCCUUCGAGCGCAACUGCGACUGCCCAUUCCUGGAGCACAUGAGCUUCCACCAGCAGAAGCUGCGCUCAGCGCUGAGCCCGCCCCUGGGGCUGGCGGCCUGCGUGCGGGGGCUGCUGGAGCUUCAGGCGCUGCGGGUGGAGAUGGCGGCGCUCAAUGAAGAGCGGGUGUCGGAGCUGUACCGCGCCGUGUGCCCGCCCGACAGCGCUGCGCUCAUCGCCGAGGAGCUUGGCCUGGCCAAGCACGCCAACUACCACGUCAAGGAGGUGCCCGAGGGCUUCCUGCUGGAUGGCGGCAUCUGCUCCUUCCUGGUGAGCCGCGACCUGGCCGCCUGCUCCUGCUCCAUAUAUGUCUCAAGCCGCCGGCCCUGCCGCCACCUCUUCGCCACCCGCCUCUGGACUGGGCAGCCCCUCUACGACCCCAGCUUGCUGCAUGCCCCAUCGGGCGGUGAGGGCUGUCCCCAGCAGGCUCAGCCGCCCCGCGGGAUGGAGGAGGACGAGCUGCAGGAGAAGGAGUUCUUCUCGUGGGAGGAGUUCAGCGCCUUCUUCGACGCCUGGUGCGAGCGCAGGAAGGUCCUGUUCUUCGUCAAGAAUUCGGUGCCGCUCAGCAAGUGCAAGUGGGCAACGGUGCCCCCACGUCCCGACGUGGUGGAGGCCCUCAAGUACAGCUCCGUGCGCCUGGUCUGCAAGGACUUUCGCGGCUCCAGCAAGCCCGACCAGGGGGGGCAGCACAAGGGCUGCUGUGCCAGCAUUGUGCUGAAGAUGAGCCCCAAGAAGGACCGGCUGAUCGUCACCGAGUGCCAGCUGGCCCACAACCACGCCCUGUGCCCCAUCGAGUUUGCCUACUACUUCAAGAAGGGCUACCUGAUGGCCAACUCAUGCUUGCCGGUGCGCACCACCAACAAGAUCUCCAAGCAGUUUGUGGGGGGGCCAGACGUGCGGCGCCUGCUCUCCUACUGCAAGAGCCGUGACCAUGGGGUGCUGGACGUGCUGACCGUGCUGGACGGGCUCUUCGCCAGCGACCCCAGCGCCAAGGUCAAGCUGGUCUUCAUGGAGGACAAGGUCAUCGUCCAGACCAUCUUCUUCCUGAGCUCGCGCAUGAUGGCGCUGAGCCGACGCUUCCCGCUCAUGCUGUUCUUCGACCGCAUGGUGGGGCUGAACGAGGAGUUUGACCUGUAUUCGGUGCUGUGCGUGGACGGGGCGGGGCGCGGCCGCGAGGUGGCCUACUGCCUGACGCAGCGGGAGACGCCCGACCUGCUGCGCUUCACACUGGCCUCGCUGGUGCAGAGCGUGCCUGAGGUCAAGCUGCAGGUGCGGUGCAUCACGCUGGGCGUGGAGAUUGCCCACCUGGAGGCGGUGAAGGAGCUGCUGCCCAAUGCCCGCGUGCAGAUCUGCCGCUCCCAGGUACUGGAGACGCUCUUCAGCAAGGCUCAGGAGCUGGGUGCUGCCGAAGAUGAGCGCAUCUGGCCCCUGCUCUGCCGGCUGGCUGCAGCCAAGUCGCCGGCCGCCUACCAGCAGGCGGUGCAGGAGAUGAAGACCAUUCUCCCCCAGCGCUUCGUGCGCUACUUCCAGCGCCAUUGGCAGCCGCGCAGCGAGAUGUGGGUGCAGUUCUGGGCCUUUGAGACGGCCCGCAACGUCAACGCCUGCGAGCUGCUCAAGCAGCACCAGCGCCGGCUGCUGGCAGCCCUCAGCCCCUCGCCCACCGUGGCCCAGUGCAUGCUGGACCUGCUGGCCAUGCAGGUGGGCAGCGAGGCCCACGAGCUGGACGAGGGAGAGCUGGCCACGCACUAUCGUGCCAUCUGCAAGCCAGAGCCGGCUGGACUGAUCGAGGAGGAGCUGGGCUUUGCACGGCACGGCCGCUACCGCUUCCAGGAGACGGCCGAGGGCUACCUGCUCCAUGACGGCCUGUCCGAGUUCGCCAUGGAUCAGGCCCUGACGCGCUGCUCCUGUUCCAUCUACACCUCCAGCCUGCUCCCCUGCCGCCACCUCUUCGCCACGCGCCUGCGCACCGGGCUGGCGCUCUUUGACCCUGGCCUGCUGCACAGGAACCGGGCAGCACUGCUGGGCGCAUGCUAG